UAGAGAUUUUGUUACCCUAAGCAGUAUAUAAGUUAUGUUUACAAACAAGCAAGCCAGCCAGGGAUGGCUUCCACUGUGCAUUGUACACAUUUAUUAUUUUGUUUUCUGUUCCACAGCCUGCAAAAUGAAAAGAUUGUAUAGCUCUUUUCAGAUGUUAUAGGUAGGCAUUAAAAUGAAGGUGGGAGGAAAUGGCAUUGCAAUAGGGGCCUUCUUCUGUCAAGGCCAGCUCCAGAUUUGAGGCAGGUCCAGGCAAAAUGUCCUAUCAUGGGCCCCCUCAUCUAUCAGAAUCCAUGGAAAGCUUACCUGGCUGCGCUUGGUGACUGGCGUAGCUAUCCCUUAAUUUCCCGGAAUGGUUUUAAACUGGAGACACUGUGGGAAUUUAACAUGGUAGCUAGAUACAGGAGUCUGACAUACUCAGAAUGCCAGCUCCCCAUUUUUUAAAGAGGGCAAAGGGCAGGCAUCAACAGUCGGCCUUACUAGGGCUUCGAACCUCUGGCAGCUGCCCAAGGAUGCCAGGUCCUGACUCCACACCUUUCCUUCCCUGCACAUUGUUAUAAGAUGUGUUGAAAGCAAUCAAAAACCCUAAAAUUAUGUUCACAAGUGAUGCCCACCACUUGUUUAGAAAAAGUGAAGGAGAAAGCCAAUUGGACUCCAACAUUGCCAUGCCCAUGGCUCUGGCCCACCAUGUAUUUGGCACAACAUCUGAAAGAGGAGCCUCCGUGUCUGCUACUGUAUGAACUGCACACAGUUGGAAACCCUGCAUUUUUGAAGUUCCUGUUGGCGUACAAAGCCUGUGCUCAUACCGCUAGCUGCCAAAAACAGGAUCCAAGUAGCUCCUUAAGAAGUCAAGUCCAACUUGAAGUACCAAGAUGGACAGCUGGCAAGGAAACACCAGCUCCGUCAGCAGCAAUGUGACAGAUCUAACCAUUGGUUUCUCCUCUUCAGCAAUAGCUGUCAUCUUAUUUGGAACAAACUUUGUACCAGUUAAGAAAUUUGACACUGGUGACGGAAUGUUCUUCCAGUGGAUUCUCUGUGCCGCUAUCUGGAUAGUUUCUUUAAUCGUUAACCUUAUUCAGAACAGCCCUAGAUUUUGGCCUCUUGCUAUGGUGGGGGGCUUUUUAUGGGCUACAGGUAAUAUAACAGUGGUCCCCAUUGUUAAAACCAUUGGGUUAGGCCUUGGCCUCUUAAUCUGGGCUUCUUUUAACUUGCUAACUGGCUGGGCAAGCUCAAGGUUUGGUUGGUUUGGAAUUGACCCAGAAGAAGUACCAAAACCAGUCUUAAAUUACAUCGGAGCUGGACUUUCAGUAUUAAGCACCAUCCUAUUUCUUUUCAUAAAAAGUGAUGUUCAGAGCUCUUCGCCAUCAUCAGAAAGAACUCCUUUAUUAAGAGAAAACUCAAUCAACACUUCUGAACACAGAGAUGAAAACAGGAGUGAUGUCUCAUGGGUGGAUAAUCUUUCUCCAUUUGGAAAAAGAAUCAUAGGUUGCUCCCUGGCUGUGGUAGCUGGAAUAUUGUACGGUUCCAGCUUUGUGCCUGUGCUUUACAUCAAGGACCAUGGCAGAAAGAAUGGAACUACAUAUACAGGAGCAAGUCAGUUUGAUUUAGAUUACGUCUUUGCCCACUUCAGUGGCAUCUUCCUUUCAAGUACCAUCUACUUUUUGAUCUAUUGUGCAGUAAUGAAAAAUAGACCUAAAGUUUUUCCUGAAGCCAUCAUCCCAGGAUUUGUUUCGGGUGUAUUGUGGGCAAUAGCCAGUUGCUGCUGGUUCAUAGCAAAUCGUUACCUCAGUGCUGUGGUCAGCUUUCCAAUAAUCACUGCAGGUCCUGGCUUUAUAGCUGCAAUGUGGGGAGUCCUGGUCUUUAAAGAAAUAAAGGGACUGAAAAAUUAUUUAUUACUUCUAACAGCAUUUUGUGUUAUUUUGGCUGGGUCACUCUCAACAGCUUUUUCAAAAGUCUGAAGAACAACUACUUCAACCAGCAGAUGGCAUCACUAGUUAAUACAUUUAAGAUAUGAAAGAGAAGAUCUUAUUUGGUAUUUUCUUGGAUCUGUCACCAGAGAGACAGGGGGCAAAAGUCCAUAAAUCGGGAACUCUUUGUGCUACAUGGGAAGCAUUCAUCAUGUAUCCCACAUUUGGGAAGACAAGGGAAAAUCUUUUUAUAUCUCACAGCUGGAUGAUUAUGGGUUGAAAUCUGUGUCAGUGGUUUUAAUGUUUCUGUAAUGUUUUGGGUUGUGGUUUGUUACUUAUAGGGGGUAUAGAAAAAGAAGAUUUCAGUUAAAUGUCAAUGUUGAUUACAGUGCAGGAGAAGUAAUGUCAGUGUUAGGCAUUGCAUCUUUUAUUUCUCAAUGGUGGUUAUCUAGGACUCAUUAAUAGAGUCCAUCACCCAAUACUCUACUUCUCUCUCUCUCUCUCUCUCUCUCUCUCUCUCUCUCUCUCUCUCUCUCUCUCUCUCACUCACUCUCUCACUCUCUCACUCUCUCACUCUCUCACUCACUCACUCACUCACUCACUCACUCUCUCACUCACUCACUCACUCUCUCACUCUCUCACUCACUCUCUCACUCACUCACUCUCUCACUCACUCUCU